UUCGUUGCCAACCAUCCAUCCAAGAUAAUAAAAGCAGGCUAUAUAGUGUAUGUAUAUUCCAUCUUCCAGAAUUUGAUACUUUGCCUUUCGGGUUCGUGACUGCAACUUGGGAGUAAAGGAGAUAGAUAGAUAACAUGGCACUCAGAUUGUGGGCUGCUUCUACAGCCAAUGCUCUAAGAGUCCCCUGUUCAUCCAAAGCUCAUCUUGCUCCCGCCUUUUCUCUCUCCAGAUGCUUCUCUACUGUUCUGGAUGGGUUGAAGUAUGCAUCUUCACAUGAAUGGGUGAAGUAUGAGGGUCCAUUGGCUACAAUUGGCAUCACUGAUCAUGCUCAGGACCAUCUUGGAGAAGUAGUGUUUGUGGAGCUACCAGAACCCGGAGGCGCAGUGUCGAAAGAAGGCAGCUUUGGAGCUGUGGAAAGUGUAAAAGCAACCAGUGAUGUUAAUUCCCCAAUCUCAGGCGCGAUUGUCGAGGUUAACUCAAAGCUUACUGAAUCACCUGGUUUGAUCAAUUCAAGUCCGUAUGAAGAAGGAUGGAUGAUCAAAGUGAAGCCAAGCAAUCUAUCAGAAUUGGAGUCAUUGAUGGGCCCAAAGGAGUACACGAAAUUCUGCGAAGAAGAACACCAUUAGAAUUAGAACGAGUUACCGCAUUCACUUUGGGUUAGCUGGUUUUGAAGGUUAGUACCAUUUAAGAAUUUGUUGUCAAUUAAUACAGAAAUGCUGGCUCUGGCUAUUUAAUAUGCUGUUGUAUCUCUCUUUCUGUCUCUCUUCCAUUUCCCCUCUUUUGUAUUUUUGCUUCUGAACGCAAUUUAGACCUUUUUGCCUUUUCA